CGUUGGAUGCGAAAGGCGAUAGAUUUGCUGAUGUUAUUGCAUAUGUGUAGGCCGUUAUUCGUAAUGGAUUUGAGUGUGGCGUUGCUGUUCCGUUGUAGAAAGGAGAAAAGAAUCAAAUAAUUUAGAUAUUGUGGAAAAUUUGUCGACGCCGAGGAAAAGAUCGUGGAGAAAACAUUCACUUUGCAGGACCGUCACACUUAGCUUGCAUUGUUUGCAAAGCACAUUUUAUCGCCUUUCAUUUCUAUUUAGGGGUUGAAUUUUAGAAAUAUUUGCGAGACAUGACUACUGAGGAAAGAUCGGAUAAUUCUGGUCAUACAGAUGACAGUGGGUAAGUAUACGAGUCAGAAAAAAUUAUCAACGACAAAGUUUAAGUCUUUGAGUGAAAAAUCGCAAAGCUUUUUAACUAUUAUGGUGUAUAGGCUUACAUAGAGAGUGUAGUGUAAUGGCUCGAUAGCGUGUUUUGGAUUCUGUAUACACAUCUGCGAUAAAUGAAAAUUUAAAUCGAUCUGUGAUUUUUUCAGGUAUUAAUGUGAUGAAAUCGUGAGUUAUUGUGUAGUUUUAUAGCAAGUUUUAUUCUGUGGCAGGUUGCAAUUUGGGUUGAUUUCCCUGAGGGAGUCUACAGUGAAGUCCGCCUUGACCCCGUUUUAAAUCCCACGAGUCCUGUCUACCUAUUUGCAUGUCCUCUCGCGAAAGUGGCUCAAAAGACUACAGAUACACUGAAUUACUAGCUAUUCCCCUUUACAAAGCUUUAAAAUAUUUUAUGUAUGAUUUUAAACGGAGAAAAUCAAUCUUGCAGCCCACUUCGACCGUCGAGACGACAAAGUAUAACUAAUUGGCGGAGCGGAAGGAAGGAGCUAACCAAAGUUGGCCUUUAAAUCUGACCAUAGAAUUUCCGUACCCUCUGAUUUUUAAGCGAACCGUCUGACAAACAUGCGUUUUGAGGUUUAUUUUCAAACACACGUGAACAAACAAAGUGUUAAUUCGUUUAAACAGAACGAACUUGCGCAUCUGCCAUCGUUACGUUGCAAAGGAGAUUGUGAAAUCUUCAGUGGUCGUGGGGGAGGUAGCACUUGGGCAAAUUUAUUUAAUUGGAGCUGGAUCGGAUUGCAAAUGCUGUGUAUUGAAAUUUCAAUCUGAAACUCAAUUUUAAUUAAUACAACAGUAUUUAGUCAUGAUACACAAACAUUUUUAUUAUCAAUUUACUGAUCAUGUCUGCUGUUGUAAAAUGCUGGCAAAUCUUCACAAGGGUGGGGGUGGGGAUGGUUUUCUCUACAAUUCACAGAAAAAUAACAUCAGUUUCUCAGAAAAUCCUUAAAACAUUUUCUGCUUAGCAAGUGUCAAAGGACAAGUAUGCUACAAAACCUUGCAAUGAUAUCUCUGCCAGUAAUAAGUUAACAUGAAAUAAUAAUACUGCCUGUCUUUUGUGAUUCUUAAACUGUGACAUCCUUAAAUGUGACACAGAUUUUACCCUUGGAUGCUGCCAUUUUGAGUCUUUCUUAGCAAACUGGCCACCUCACCCAAUUAAGUUAAAUUAAGUCAAGUGUCCAAGGGGCUGCAUGUAAUUUGAGAGUGUUGUGUUCUUGAUAUACAAUUACAAAGCUGUAAGAAAAAGGUCAGAGGAAAAAUUUUGAUACACCCCAAAAACUAAGGCAUGUAGAAGUAAAUUGUUUCCCUUGCUUUUGUUUGUUAAUUCUUGUUGCAAAAUGUUAUGGGCUUGGUACAUGUGUAAGCUGUUAUGUGUGGAUACAAAUGCAUUACUUUGUCAUGUCUGCAUACAAUUGCAUUUAGUAUGUCAUGUCUGGAUACAAAUGCAUCAAUUGAGUUUGUCAUGUCAGGAUGCAAAUGCAUUAGUUGGUCAUGUCUGGAUACAAAUGCAUUGAGUUUGUCAUGUCUGAAUACAAAUGCAUUGAGUUCAGUUGUGUUGUUCUAGAAGGUAUGAAUACCUUUCCCAUAUAAUUAAAGUUACUAAUUCCAGUUUGAUCUACUUAACCCUUUAACUCCCAGACUCCCAUGAAAUUUCUCCUUAUAAUAUCCACACAUUAUUCAGCAAACAGGUAAUGAGAAUAUUCAAACUUGUCUGGUAGAGGCUGCUAUCUUGAUCUAGCACCAAAUUCUCAUAACUAAUUUAAAAGGAAAUGUGUAGCAGCUUGAGGAGAGAUUUAAUGAUCAGAUCUUGGGAGUGAAAGAGUUAAAAUGGUGGUGAGAUAUGUUGGUAACAUUUUAAAAUGUUUCUUUUUUCUUCUUCCAGGUCUGACAGUGAUGAAGAUGUGAGUAUAAUUUCUUUUUUGUUUCUGCCUGGUCACUAGUGCUGUGGUAACUUAUAUAAUGAGCUGAAUGGUGCAUGCAUUUUGAUUAGUCCUUACUGAUAAUUGAUUGAAGGAGAGAUGCAUAAAUAACAUUAUCAUUAAUUCUACUAUAAGAGACAAAUAGAUUCCAUGUUGCCAUGAGUCUGUUUAUGAAUAGGUCACAGAAAAUGUGGAGAUGUGGUGAUGCACUUGGCUUUUUUUUUUUUUUUUUUUUUUUACCACAUUUUGACGUCAUCUCUGAUUGGUUACUGAUCAAAUGCAUGGCAUCCUGGAAUCUAUUUGCAAAUUGUUAACCUGUCACUUUAUCUGGUGUGGGAAGCUUUAAAUAGUUACAAUAUGUCUUGAAGUCCAUGGGUCUUCCUGAAAUUUUUCCACUUUUAACCCCUAAACUCCCAUCAGUGACCAAGACAGAACUUCUCCUGACAAUAACAAUACAAUAUUAAGCAGACAAGUAAUGAGAAUAAAGAAAAAUACCAACUAGGGGAUUAUACCAAAUUCUCCAAACUAAUAUCACAAGAACUGUAUGGCAGACAGUAAGGAGAAUUUUUAAUAAGAUCUUGAGAGUGAACGGGUCAAUAUUAAAAGUACCUGAAAAUACCUAUGAAUACUGUUACUUUCCCAGGUGUCUGGGGAGCAUGUCAUUUCUUCAACCGAAGAAUGUCAGCCGCCUUACUAUGAGCAUAUUGAAGAGAAUGAGUACUUAUUUGACAGGUGGGUUUCAUGUUUAAUUACUGAUUGCAGCAUGCAAUUAUAUCAUAAUGUAAAAUAAUUGAGUUUUCUACCCUUCAAACAACUUGUUACUGUUAUCUGGGCAACACAUUUUUCAUCUCAUGUUUCAGAAAGAAGAAAGUAAACAAGGAAGUGCGCAGAAUGCAGUGCGAUUGUACCUUAGAUCCUGGUAAGUUAAUGGCUUUGAUGCACAGACUUCACUAUAUGCUGAAUAUGGCUAUGGGCAUUUUACAUGAACUUAGCAAUCCACUGUCAAGGUCUUCUUAAUCACAUUUUAUGAGAUAAGCUGAGCAUGACCUGCCCUAUGCCUUUUUAUGAUAUAAAACAAAUAGAUUACAUAUUUAUUUUAAAGUAGGAAUAUCAGUGUCACACUCAGCUGUGCCUUGUGUGCUACUUUGUCUUGUUCUUACCACAUUUCAACAUCAUCUGUGGUCUCCUUGAUCAAUGUCAGUAUCUGAACAACUGCACACCUACUCCUCCCCUAAUUCAACCACAGUCAACUGAUAACAAGUUAGGAUUUAUGUUGGGUUAGGAGAGGGGUAGGUGCUCAGUUGAUCAGAUACUGACAUUGAUCCAAUUUUUACUGAACAGAUGUAUGGAAACAUGAUUUUUUUGUUGUUGAACAUAUUGAUAUAUUUUUUUGACAGAUGAUCCAUUUUCCAAUGGUUGUGGCGAGGACUGUCUUAACAGAUUGCUGAUGAUAGAAUGGUUGGUAUCUUUUCGUCUCUUGUUGGUUAAUUUUGCUAAAAGUCUACCUUCUCACAUUGUCUUUCAUUGAUCUCCAAAUAGUAACAGCAGGUGUGCUUGCGGAGAGAUGUGUAGCAAUAAACGUUUUCAACAGGUUAGUGAAACUAUCAUUACAGCAUUAAGAUUGAUGUUCCUGAAAUGGUAAGGGUUAGCUGUUGAAGCAACUGCCUCUUUAACCCUUUCAAUCCUUAGAGUGACCGAAGAAGAAUUUCUCUUUGCCACAUCAGUACAUUCUCAAAUAUCAAGGUUACAAGGAAAUAGGAAAAUCUCAAUGAAAGGAUAUUGUUUGAUUUGUUGCCAAAUUCUUGAAGCGUUAAUUAUGUAAACUGCAUGGCAAACAGCUGGGAGAAUCAAUAUUUAUAUCUAAUAGUAAUUAAGAGAAUUAUCCUUUUAUAGAGCUUGGUAGAGUGAAGUUUGUCAUCUGUUCAUAAGGCAGAUUUCAUUUCAUCUAAGUCUGAUCCAGCUUAUUUGACCAUAAAGAAAUUUUGUGGCUGAACUAAUUAGAUCUGAGUUGUAAAAGAUCUUGGCAAUACAAACUAGGCUUGUGUGCCUCCUUGAAUGUAAUUAGUACUAUAUAAAGAGUGAUUGGUUGCAAUUAGCCCAACAAAGCAGCCAACAAAGAUAAUGGGUAUUUUAACCCUUUAACUCCCAAGAUCUGAUUGGCUACACAUUUCGUUCUAAAGUAGUUGUGAGAAUUUGGUGUUUGAUCAAUUUAACAAAUUCUACCUGAUAGGUAUAAGUAUUCUCCUUACUAGUUGCCAGAUGAUAUACAAAUAUUAUAGGAAGAAGUUACAUCUUAAUCACUUCUUAUAUGCUGUUAUCAACCAUGAGAGGAUUUCAAAUUCACGUACAUGUACAACACUUUUUGCAGGGCUGUAAAGUGAAAGUUGAAGUGUUUAAAACAGAGAAGAAAGGCUGGGGAUUGAGAACUCUUGAAGAUCUGGAAUCGUAAGUUUAUAUUUUACUUAUAUCUUCAGGAAGGAAAUGCCUUAUUCGUACUUAAUUUUGCAGGUCUUUAAUUUCGUGUUUUCACCUUACUUUUUAAUUUUUGGGACCAAUCACAGAGCAGAGUAUAGCAAAAAACAAAAACAAUACCCAAUUACUUUUGUCACCCAAUUAAAAGUUGUAACUGUUGUUCAGGAAUCAGUUUGUUAUGGAGUACUGUGGAGAAGUCAUGAACUACAAAGAUUUCCAGGAAAGAGCAGAGCGUUAUGAUAGAGAAAACAGAAGACACUACUACUUCAUGACAUUGAGAGCUGAUGAGGUAAGGAUUGGAAAUCUUUUUUUUUUUUUUUUUUUAAGUAGAGACAAUAACAGCACUGCUGUGAUGAGUGCUGGUAAAUUCUUUGGUCAUCUUAAGGCUUUUCAGUAGAUCAUUAUACCCAACAGUAAUGACAUCUUAGUAAAAGUGAGCAGGAUUUUCAAGAAGAGCUGGAGGUCUGUUAAGCUACUUCACAUGAUUUUGCUCCUUUUGCUGAAUGAAAUGACAAUGAUUAGUUUCACUGAAAUGACCUGAUUAUUACUUCAAAGUGCACAAAAUGCAUUCUCUGAGACCCGAGUUUUACCAUUUUUAUGGAGGGAGGGGUGGGAGGAGGGUUGGUGUGCCCCUAGACCCCUUCAAGUGGUUGCACACAUGCCAGGAGGUAUCCCUUCUCUCCUUAGUCACUCCCCCUUGCUGCUUUCUGGGAUUCUUAUCUAAAACCCUGCUUAAUAAUUGUUACUCAAUUGUCAACUAUGUGGACAAAGAACGUAUUUAAAUAGCAUGAACUCCAAUCAGGUUAAUGGUAUAAUCUCCAGCCUGUUAUCAUUUUCAAAUUCUUUAUCAACUGAGCUACAAGGAACUCUGUAGCCAGCCAAGUUGUUUACUAGAUUCAUAUGUUACUUACAUCUAGCUUUGAGCCUGAAUAAGUGAUGUUGAAAUCAUCCAUUGUGGGAAAUUAAAUUUUGAUAUAUGCUUAUUCCUUGAAUCAGAGCUCAAGCUCUGAUAAGCACCCUCUCCCAAAUAAGUCUCCAUCCCUCAGGCCUUAAGCACCCAUCUUAAAAGAGCACCUUCCCCCCCCUUCCUCACUUCCUAAAUAAUAGGGACACAAGGAAAACCUGUUUCUAUUGUCUCAACCAAAGGGCAAUCAGUAGAGGAGAGUAAUAAGCACCCCCCUUAAUUCAGUGCCCUCCUUCCAAUAAGCGCCCAUCUUCUUAGCUGAAAUAUUAAAUAUUAAAUGUAGUACAGUACAUGUAGGUAGACAAAUCAUUAUAGUAUACGGUUUUGUUACUUAAUGAGUUAUAGCUUCUUUAAAAUUCCUUCUUUGUUCAGCUAAUUGAUGCCACCUACAAGGGGAACUUGUCUCGGUUUAUCAACCACAGCUGUGACUCAAACUGUGAAACUCAAAAGGUAGUUUAAUAAAUUGUUUAGUCCAUUUUACCAUUUUAUAUCAUAAUCAAUAACACCAGCUUUUCACUUCUUUUUCUAGAAGUAAUCUACAGUAGAUUGAUUGACAGGAAACUGAAAGAAAACACAUCUACAACUGUACUUAAAUCCUUUAACCCUUAAGAGUGACUAGCAUCUAAUUUCUCCCCACAAUAUUACUCCUGAAUCAAACCUGUAGGUCUUGAGAAUAAAGGAAAUGAUCAGUAACUGAAGAAGUUCUUGAUUGUUGAACAAAUUCUCCUGGUCAGCUUCUUAGGAAUUGUUUAGAGAGCAGUAUGGAGAGUGUGCAUACUGAUGUUCGAGUGUAAAGGGUUAAGAUGAGAACUGAAUGGUUUUUGUUCUUUUACUUCUUGCAGUGGACUGUUCAUGGCUUGUUGAGGAUUGGAUUUUUUACUCAGAGACCCAUCCCAGCUGGUGCAGAGCUCACGUUCGAUUACAAACUGCAGCGCUAUGGGUAGGUGGACAAUGUACAUGCUACUGUCAAAGCUUCAUGUCUGUGGGUGACACUAAACUGAGAGAUUUUAAAAUUUGAGGAACUGUACAGCUGUAACACAGAAAGAAGAUCCCUUUGAACUGGGAAGGAGAAGCUUACAAAAAAUUCAUUGAUAUAAUUUUUGUCAUCAAUCAGGAAAGUUGCUCAGAUUUGCCAUUGUGAAGCACCAAAUUGUCGUGGAUUUAUUGGAGGAGACAAGCAAACACCUCUGAAGAACACAGUGGAAAGAAUAAGUAUGCAAAACGAUUUUUAAUUACAACCCUGUGAGUGACCAGGAUUUACUUUCUCCCUGUGAUAUCCCCCCUGAGUCACACAUUAACACGUUAACUCCCAGAAGUAUUGAACAUAUAACUUCUCCCUUUAAUAUCCGUACACUAUCCAAUAAACCAAUAAUGAGAAUACUCAAACUGAUCAGGUUUAAGUUUUUAUCUCGAUCUAACAUCAAAUUCUUUUAACUAAAUUACUAGGAAAUGUGUAGCAGCUAGAGGGGAGAAUUAACAAUCAGAUUUUGGGAGUUGAAUGGUUAAAGUCAUUAGAAUGAAUAAAAUGAUCACCUAUUGAAGAAGCUCUUGAUUGUUUGACAAAUUCUCCUUGUCAGCACCUUAUGAAAUGUAUAGAGAACAGUACAGAGAAUCUGCAUACUGAUACUAGACUGUAGAGGGAUAAGGUCAUACAUACAUACAUACAUACAUAACUUUAUUUGAUAACGCAGGUUAAAAUUUGCGCAACUUUACAGCUGAUGUGGACCUGCCUAAACUAAUUAGUCUAUAAUUAUAUAAAAUACAGAUAUGAUAAAAUUUAUAAGUUGAAUAAAUCAAGUAAACCAUAAAGUUUUAGUAAUAGUGAAAAUUUGGUUUCAUGUUUUGUAUAACAUUACCUCCCUUUUCAAAAUUAAUAUUCAUAACAGUUUGCUUGGAUUGUUUUAAGUUAUAUUUAAAAAUAGAUAAAUUUGUAGUCCAUACCCCACUUCACACAAUUUAGGUGUAAUUCAUGCUUUUCUUUUUUUUUCUCCAUGGAAGCAACCCCACCUAUCACAAGCUCACCAAGGAGGAGACGGAAAAAGCAAACAAGGAACUUGUCAAAUGAAUUUGAUGAUAUGACGGUGAGAUGAAGAACAAAUUAUAAUGAUUUGUACUUUUGUUGCAAUGUAGCAAUGAAGCUGUUGUAUAGUCUAUCACUCUGAGCAUGGUGGUUUAACAGGUAGACAAGGCUAUCCAGCAGAGUUCAGUUGUAAAAUGCUAUCCAAUUUACUGUGCCAUCCACUGGAUAGAGACUUCUUCAGUGGAUAGUGUUAUGCACUCUCCCAACAACCAUGGCCUGUUCUUUAGCUUGUCCCUGAUGAGAUUGCUCAUUUGCAUGUAUGUUUUCUGUGGUAGGAUACAGAGUUUUAGUAGUAAAUAUCCACUUGGAAGUGAAGGGGAAUUCCCUUUGACUCAAAAUGUGUCACAACUUUUCUCAAAUUUGAGUUAGUUUUGGUAAACAUCGUCUAACACAAUGAUUGAUGAAAUUCAAUAUCAUUUCACCUACCAGACUGCAAGUUGAUGUCUAUGAUAUGAAUUUGCAACUGAACUUUGAGGCACUUUUUUUGUUUUUUUGUUUACAAUCAAUUUUUUCACCAAAAGACAUUAUUCUCUAAUUUUGUUUUAAGUUGGAAGAUGAGGUUGAGAAACUUCUAGGUGAUCACAGAGGGUUGGUACACAGUGACCAGGCAUUGAGGCUGUCCAGAUUGAUGGUGCGGGCAGAGACUAUGGAACAGAGGAUAAUGCUUCUGAAAAUCCUUCAGGUAUUUGAUAACCAGUUCCAUGUGUGUCUUGGACAAUCCCUCUCAAAGAAGGUUGGCAGAAUUAAUUAGAAUUUAUUCAAAUAAAAAACUUGGUAUAGAGUAGCAUGUGUCAAUUUUUAUUCUUUGUGUAUGGACUCGCUCAAAAUAUCCAUGUAUGGAUUAAAUAAAAGUUUGUAUAAACAGGCAAAGUUAGGAAAUCUCCCAAUUCAAACUCUGCUGCUAGAACAGAAGAUCCCAACAAUGACCAUGGGAUGGAAGGAGGGGGAAGAAUGAGGAUGGUUGUUGGUUUGUAAAGGGAGUCCUUCUCUUUCAUAUACUGCUAUUUUGAGAAAAGUUGUUGGAAAAAGCAUUUAAGAGUACAAGACAACCACAAAAAGUAUUGUGGGUAGUUUCCAGGUCACUGUCGCUAGACCUCAGGACUUUACAGUAGCAAAUCUGAGAAAGCAUCCCUGUAAGGAAGAGGCAUGGUGGGUUUGAUGAAUUUAUUUAUUUUUUGGACUUAUUAAAAUUCAUUGAUCACCAAACCCCAGAUGACCAACAAGUUUGUUAGUGUAGUUUUUUCCUUUUUCCAACAACCUUUCUUGAAAACAGCUGUAUACAGAUGAAGAGUUACAGUCAUAACAUUCUGUAGCAUAUAAAUGUGGUUUUUUAAUUGCAUAAAAUGUGUUUUUUGUCCACAAGUUUGUUUGAUUGUUUUUUGUGUUGUUUUUAUAGCACACCACAGACCAGUCAUGUUUAAAAGGGUUCCUCAGGUAUCAGGGGCUUUCUCUUCUUUGGAGCUGGAUGGUGGAUGGUGGAGGAAAGAAAAUGAAACUUCAGUUAGAGGUGAUGGUCAAUGUGUACUUUCUCCUAGCAGAGUUAUAUAGUAGCUCAGGAGAAUUACUGAAUGAUCAUUGUGGAGAAUGUUCAACGAGAAAGCAAAUUUGCUACAUCAGUGUAGCAAGAAUUGUAUGCAUGUCAAGGAUUUGUUAGUGUUUCAACUAUCAACAUGCCCAAUGUACAUGUGCAAUGAUGUUUGGUUUGUCAGAAAUUUUGAAGAGAGACUGAAGGGGGAAGUCACAAGGGCAAAAUCGUGGAAUGGUAUUCCUGAAGAGUAUUUAUGGAGUUAGGGUUUUUUGCCAGUGAUUAAAUAUUUAUCUCAUAAAUAGUGUUAUGCAAUGUGAACUAUUUUGCCGGUGUUUUUUGUAUACAUUUUUUGUUGAGAGCUAUCAGUUUAUCAGUUUACACUGUUCUAUGCACCAUCUAUAACUAGAGUUCAACAUUAUGAUUAUUAUACAGGCAAGAAAUUAACUGUUAUCUUCAAAUAUUGUGAUUUCUAGUUGCUAGAGACAUUGAAAUGCCUUCCUAUAGCAACAAAGAACCAACUUGAAGAUAGCAAGGUAAUAAAGGUGGUGAGAAAAUGGGCGUCGUCAUUCUGUCCGACUGUCGAAGCGGGGUCCAGCAGUGGACAGGAGUCACAUGGCAACAGUCCGGCAGAUUCAGAAUGUACGGCAGGAACAGAAGAUAAUGAUGACGAAAACCAGCAGUUAGCAAAAUCCAUUGAUGGAGAUAAGAAAGCUAUUGGUAGCCUCGUGCUAUUUGAACGGCAAAGCUCUGUCAAGGACCAAUCAGAUGAUGAGUCUUUGGAUGCAGAAGUGGCCAGUUUUAUUGUCGACAAGACUCUAGAUAGCAGGACUAUAAAAAACAAACUGCUGCCAGAGAACUUUGAGAAAUCCCCUGAUGACCUUUCAGAGGACGACCUCAGAUCUGAGGACGAGCGAUUGCCUGAAAGCGGCAUCGGACUAAAGGCGAAUGAGCUGUUGAAGUCAUGGAGUUCACUGAAGGUGAUGCCAUUUUGCCAACCAGAUACUUGUCGGAACAAGAUAUGUUUAUGUGUAAUAGUUUGUUGAGGGAGGGGAGGCGGGGUGAUUUUAAUUCCAAUUAAGUGGAGUCUUUGGCUUCAUUUCCUAAGUAACAACUUUCUUUGUCUCUCAUUAAACACAUCUAAAUUAACAACAACCAGAUACUCGAGGGAAAAAAGGAUAUCUUAAAGCACGAUAGCCCAUUAAGGUUUCGUGUCUGUACCCUAAAAGGGUAAGCGAGAGCAAAUUGGAACGUUCAUAGAAAUUUGUACAAGGAUACGAAGAGAGGGAAAAGGAAACCGAGAGAAUUUCAAACACAAAGCUUAUUCAAGUACAGGUAUCCUGUUGAUUUUCUACUCAGUUUUGCGUUUUACCAGAAAGGUUAUACGUUUUAAAACACCGUGAGUUACAAGCUGGUGUGGUUGUUUGUAAAUCGUUCUAACUCGACUCAACAAACUAGAGCUUUACCUCAGACCCUUGAGCCAGAGUCUAACGCGUUAAAACUGGGACAUUUUUUGCCUUGUUUUUGUUUGUAGGAAGUUUACCGAAUACCGAAGAAAACUGCAACUCCAGUAAGUAUUCUUAAAGUGACACUCGAAACAGUGGGCAUUUUUCGUCUCCGUUUUUAAUUUAUUUAUUUUGUAUUUUGUCUUCGCUUUACCUUUUUUUUUUUUUCAAGCCGAUCGUUGAUAUAAAAGGAGAGGGUGAAACUCUCUUGCUGAAAAAAAGGGUCUAUUCUUAGUUAGCCAGAGUGUUGGUAUCAAAUUUCAUUUUGCUGCUUUUAACUUUUGCAAUUUGGUAGAUGGUCUUAAAUGUUGUUGUUGUUUGUUUGACAUUCAAUUGCAUGAUCGUCUGAUUCUCUUUGUUCUCUUUGUUCAGGCCAAGCAAGACCGUGUUGCCGAGUUGUUAGUCGUAGCUAGCCCAGCAGGUAGGUAAACUCUGUUUUACAUGAUCUUGUUUAUUGCUUGAUUAAUCAGUUUUUUGACCAUGGAACCCUGAUAUAGUUACGCAUUUUCAUCAGAGGGUGGAUUUUGUGUAAACCAUGUGUACGACAAAGUUUUUUUCAGAUUUCAUUUGUUGUUUCACGGGGGCGGGACAAAGAAAGAACUUAACUUCUCAUGAGGAUCAUCAUAAUUUGGAAAAACUGAUUGUUUAAAAGUGAUUAAUUUGAUGUUGUUUUACAGGAAGUGGUGACGGUGAUCAUGCAAGGUGAGACAACAAAUUUAAUAAGUGAACGUAUAUCACCAAAAAUAACAGUUUUGAAGAAUUUCUACGUUGAGAAGAUGAAUUUUUAUAUCGUCUGGGCGUGGAAAGUAAGGGUUACCAUUGAUAGAGCGCUUUUCGAUUGAGUGCCUUAAAACAAAACCAAGGUAAUUAUUAUGGAAAGAAGAAAGGAAAAUACCCUGAAGAGCCAAUGAAAACUCAGAGUAAAAACAAGCAAACCGCCCAAAGGGCAGGAAAAUGCGGGCGACCAAGUCGUGAUUGAUUGUAGUUUUACAUCUGAUUGGUUGAGAGAGUGACGCGAGUUUUUCGGACCAAUCAUAGAGCAGAGUAGAGUAAAACCAGUACAAACCCAGAUUACUUUGGAAACUCAAUUAAAAGUUACUCUAUUAAUGGUCUUUGAAUCUCUGAUCUGAUCUAUGAUUGUAUUUCUGUAGGACUCCCAUUGAGAACAUCGGUUCUCCAGGAAAAUUAGAUGCCAUCAUGAAGAGUUUACAGGACUCUCCCAAACCCCUCUAUCCAUCUGAAUCCAGAACUCCGCCUGUUUCUCAGGGAUUCUCUACCUGUAGUGAAGACACUGAGAUGCCGCAAGACUCUUCGAGUGCCACCCCUCCGUCAAAAACUGGUGACUUCAGUGCUUUGGAAUUCGGAGAAGACGUGGAUACCCAAGCGGAUUCAACUCCUGAUAAAGGAGAAGGAACUCAUUCAAGUUCACGGGUGUCGGAUUCUGUUGAAGUUACUCAGAAGCAAGAUUCGAAAUCACAGAACAUGAUGCAGACAUUCGGUUAUCAACAGCGCAUGAGCGUCAGUGUGGAGCAUGGGAUGGGCUCUUUCCAACAUAAACCCGGCCGCAGCAAAAAGAAAAAGAAAAAAUGGAAUCAAUUGCAGAACUUUUUUCAGCAACAGGGAAGAAAUCCUCAAGGAUUGGUAGAUAAAAACGCUGGGAACUUUAACGUGAAUCCUCAAACAAACUUAAGACCUCAGCAAGGUGCGGCGACGCAGUGGAGAGGUCAGUCGCAAAAUCCCCCUGCGACUUUCCAAAUGGGAAACCAAUUCUUCUGCAGCAGCGGACCAGCAGUUGGACAAGAUCAAGGACCACGGCCACAAAGUAUAGUUUCUGGAAGUUUUGUGGGAAAUUUCUCUCAACAACCUCCACCACUACCAAACUUUAAUGUACCUCCUCCUAAUAUGUCACCUAUGGAAUUUUUUCGCAAAGUUCCACCACCUAAUAUCCGUCCGCAGACUCAUCCAAUGAUUCCUCAGCAGCUACAGCCAAAUCCGCUUAUACCGCCACCGCAGCAAGUACCUCCUCCACCCCUUCAGAGUAGUCAAUCGCAGUUCUUUCCACCCAGUCAACCUACCCCCUCUUACACUCGGCUUCCUCCUCCGCCACCUUUUCAAGCCAAUGUUACGACUCCACCAACAACACAGUUUUCACACUCCAACCCUAACCCUAUUCAACAGCAAUUUCCUCAAAGCAUCCAGGCUGCUUUUCCACCACAGCAGAAUCAGUUUCAAUUUAAUACACCCCCUCCAAACCUCAACAUCGCGGCCGCUCAACAGGGGAAUUCAGCUGGAAAUAUACCAGGGCCUCUGCAGCAGGUGACUGGUCCAACAGAAAGUGUACCACACCCCGAGUUGGGGUCGCUCUCUGUUCAAACUGGAGCUGUGACGACGUCGAUGUCAGAUGCCUUUGAAUGCAGAGAGGGCUUUCCUUCAGAUUCAGAACCGUGCACGCCAUCACCUGUGAAACACAAACCACCGGGGCAUCUCCCUCCACAUUGGAAAUCAGCCACCGAUAGCCAAGGAAAAGUUUACUACUAUCAUGCCCUAACAAGGUGAGGAAUCUUACUUGUUUGUUAGAAAUGUGGCUUUAUCAUUGCUCAAUGCCCACUGUGAGUCCUUGAUAAAUGAUGAACUGUUGUGUAUUUGGGUUUUUUGUCAUACGAUAACUGUGACGAGUUAGUUACUUCUAGGUCUUGGAACUGUUAAUCAUCUAUUGGAAACUGAUUGUGUUGUUUUCUUCAGCAAGUAACAUCGCUAGAGCCGUUUGAUUUUCAUGAGAGAGUUAAAAGUGUGUCCCGGGCCCUUGGUCAGUGGCCGUGCUCCAGAUGUCUUCUUCCAUGUCUUGUUUUCUUGUAUUUUCUUUUUCGACCAUAAUUUUAUUCCUGGCGACUAUCGCCCAACAGCGUCUACGAAAAAAAAUUGAACUUGUCCAUUAGAGAAUUUCCUACGAAAUUCCAAUUUAUGAAGCUUUUACCAACGCAAUGAGAGUGGGUUUAUGUUGUUUCCCCUUCCACCACCCCCCCCCCUAACUCAGUGAUCCUCAUAUUUAACUUUCUUUCUUUUCGUAGGAAAACCCAGUGGGAUGUUCCAAGCUGGGACAGCAGCCCCUCAUCAGAGGAAGAACACCCUUAUAUUGUCCCAGAACCUGAUCAUACAAGUAUUUCUGCUCACAGCUACGUUGAUAUGGACGAGGUAAGGCAAACCAGCAACUUGAUUGUGGCAACUACUUCCUUGUCCACUCAGAAUGAAAUCUGAAGUCAACUCUUCUUGUUAUUCCUCCAGGAUUCACCACCAAAACCAAAAAUAAAGAAAUUAGCAAAGGCUCCUACAACACCUCCGGAGACCCCCCCUGAAAGCCCGACGCUUACCUAUACCACAGCUCCAGCAGAUACCACUGCACACAGGAGAGGGGAUCACUUGCUGAGAGAUGGUACCUCAAGCAGCUCCUCGUCACACCAGAGCAAGAACAGAGAGCUUUUUAGAAUGAAGGUCAGUUGAGUCCGUCUCAGUGGUGACGUUACCUUCCCAGAGCCUGUGAGGCCAGUGUUACGCCAUGGCCUCUUUCUCAACAUGUCACGCAAUUUUUAUCGGUUUCAGAACCAUAUUAUUCCUGUUGUUUUGCUCACUCAGGUAAAUUCUAGCAUUGUUUCGGAUGUACUGUAUAUCUGUUUACUAACUGGUGUAUUUUCGUUUUCAAUAUUUCUCUCCGCAGCUUUCUAAUGUGGUCGUUAACUGCCUAAAUCCUUUCUUCAAAGUUGACUGUAAAUCAGGCAGGAUCCUGAAUACUGACGAUUUCAAGUAUUUGGCAAGGAAGGUGUGUGUUUCUCUCGCUGAACCUUUUAAUUCUUAAUUUAUUUUGUAGAAAUCAAGUCAGCGUUACUUGAGUCGGUAGUAUUUACAAAGUGAAUUAGAUCCAAUUUUGCAAGUCUGUGGAUGAAACUCUGGUCUACAGCGUCCAAAUGAAAAAUACUGAAAAUUGUCGCUCGCAUGGUAAUGUUUUAAUUUGCUCAACAAGGUGGUUCUAUCAGUCGCCGCGAACAGAGUAUUAAAGGGGGGGGUGCUACAGAAAAGGGGGGAAUCGCUCGAAUACUACAGAGCCUUAGGGGGGGUCAGAUAAAUUUUAUUUCAAGUGUCUUCUUUCUGAAAUUAACUAUGCUGAGGAACGUUCUUUUCAUCCGCAGUUAACGCACGGAAUCCUGAAUAAGGAGAUGAGCCACUUAAAAGAAGAUGACUCAUUGCAGUGCAAUGACUCUGUCAAAAUCAAAACAAAAGAGUACAUUAAGAACUAUAUGAAAAAGUUUGGAGCUGAAUAUAAGAGAUCCUAGUUAGUAAAAGACCUUAGUUUUACUUUGUACAUAUUAUUCCUAGCCGAGGAAACAGUCUUAAAAAAUGUUUCUAAUAUUAGUUAGGGUGUUAGUUUUAGCAAGCUUUGUAAGAGCGCUUUUCAAUUGAAUGUCGCCAAUGCAAGAUCAAAGAAUUGGCCUUGUAAUCUCAACGAACGAUGAGAACAAAUUGAAAUUUCUGAAAGGAGCCAGUGGGAUCUCAAAGUAAAACAACCAAUCAGAGGAAAGCGCGGGAAAACGUACGUUGCCAAGUCGCGAGUGGUGUUUAGCCUUGGAUCUGAUUGGUGGAGAGGAUGGUGCGAGUUUUCUUGACCAAUCGCAAAGGGUAUUUAAGCAAAGGAAAGGUAGUCUAGGUUUUAUACGUUGGACACUCAAUUGGAUUUUGCUCUUAACUUUUAGUUUGAUAUAGAUUAGUUCAAGAUAGUCUUAGCUUGUAUUUAGGCGUUAUUAACAUUUCAAAUUUCGGAGAAAAAUUGUAAAUACAAAGUUUUGUCGUUUCUGUUAUUUCAUUUACCAGGAUGUGAAAUAAUUUAUCUCCUUAAAUGCAUCCAUGUAAAAUACCUCAUUCGUUUGUUCGGACAGUUUUCUGCCGGUUGCUAUCUCUGUGCUCUUGUAAACGUAUUGCGUUUGUUUUUGAUGUCGGUGCUGUGCGUUUUUCCUUGAAAGGUAGCGCUAACUUUGGGGAUAAGUAGAGAUAGGAGCGAAUCCGUCUCCUUUACUAGUUUGUAAAUUAUUUGGCACGACGACUCUAUCUUUACCUUUUAAAGUUCUGCUGUCGCUGUGUUUGUCUGUCACUUUGCUGUUUGACCAUUCAAAUGAAAGCUACGGAGAAGCCCUUUCAUGUGGGACUGUUUAUUCUGCUGUCAAAGAGUUGUAGUACAGUCGUUGUAAACCUUGUUUUAUUCUCCAACGUGUUUCUUCUAGUUGUCGUAGACUUCUCCAGGGAUUUUUAUUUGUAAACACUACACGCCGGUAUUUAUAAGCCAUGGUUAGCGGCCAUGCGUGGGUCAAACACUGUAAAGGCCUAGCCGGAUUUACGAACAGGAACUGGAGAAGUUGUAGAAAAGUUUU